AUGAGCACAUUUCCACCCGGUGCCACCUCGUCGAAUUCGACGAUCGGAUCAGCAAGAUCGGGAAUGCAAAAUGGACGAUCGGCUGGACAGAAUACUGAGAAGAAAAAUCACAUAGAUGAGGUUUUGAGACGAAAAGCAGAAGCCGAAAAGAUUGUGGCCGCCCGAAAAGCUGCUCUGAUAGCCGAACAAAACGAAAAACUCCGAAAGAUCCAAGCUGAUAGAGAUCGAGAAAGAAAGGAUAGAUUCCGACAACAACACGAAAAAGAGCUACGGCGUCAGAAGGAAGCGCUCGAUCGACGCCAAGUUUACCUUGAUGCAAUGAAUAACAAAAAAGAGGCAAUUCUGGCAAAAGCACACGCAGCCUCAUCGCGCACAGCGCAGAACAAAAAACAAACAUUCGCCUUCGGAAGCAGCACACCAAGAGAUAUCUCAUAUCUACAGAGUGUACCAAAGGAGCAACGACAGUAUGACAAGAAACUCGUGCCAACGCUUGGACCAGCUCCUCCAUCACCGAAGGCUUCCCCACCUCCAGUUGCAAAACCGGCAAAAAGACCAAGUCCAUCACCGAUGACAGCCAGUAUGUAUGUGCCUUCAGGGACACCAACAAGGACACCGAGAACUUCCAACGCUCGAACCUCUCCACCAAAAGUCAUCAAACAGAAUUUGAUGACUCAAUCAAUGUAUUCUCCAGCCUCAAUCAAAUCAACCCCGAAACCCGUGAUGACGUCGACUCCAAAACCGAAGAAUACACCAGUCCCCAGCCAGCGAAAGAACUUGCCCCCGGCUCCAACACCAAGACAACAAACCAAGAAAUCUGCUGAAACGCCAGUGACACAAAAAGCUCCGGAUGAGCCUUUGAUUAUCACAAAAAGAUGGGAAGAACCACCAAAGAUUGAAGAAAAGAAAGAGAUUUUGGAUGUUGAGGAGAAAAAUCAAUCAGUUGAAGUUGAAGCAGCUGAGGUCGAAGCAGUCGAAGCUAAACCAGUCAUUGAACAUCCAGAAGAACCAAUUGAGCUACAGAAUAAAGAUUUGCAAGAACAGGAUUUGAAAAAUGAGCUUCAUCAAGACUUGGAGAAACUCGAAGAUGUUCCUGAUGUUCAAAUGGUUCACGAUGUUCCAGAUGAGCCUAUUGCUCAAUCACCUUCGAAGGAGAGAUCAUUGAAUGAUGAACUAUCUGAGUUACUCCUUUCCGAUGUGAACACAGCAGAUGAACCCGUGCAUCACCAUGAGAUUCAUCCACCAUUUGAUGUUCAAGAAGAACCAGAGCAUCAACAGGUAUCUCAUCACGAACCUGAAAUGCUAUUGAAUCUCGGAGAUGAACCAGUGAAAGAAGUUGAACAUAAAGAAGAACCACUUCUCAUUUCUGAAAUGAGUCAGACAAUUGAAGCCAGCAAAGAAUCACCAAUGGAAGUGGAAAUACACCAAAAAGAGAAUGGAAACUCGGAACAUACGGAUACGAGUACAAGUGGAGAUGAAGAAGUGGCUGAAGUGUCAUUGAAUCCAUCAAUUCCUCCAUCUACUUCAUCCACUUCAUCACCUCCACCACAAUCGGCUCUUCGACCACCAACACCCGAAGAGAGAAAAGCCGAGUUGUUGGCAAAAUUGGAACAGGAAGAGAAAGAACGAGAAGCGAGGAAAGCCCGUUUGGCAGCGAUCAUGAGUAGAACUAGAGGCGGACAAGGAGGAGAAAGUGGAGGAGGCGACAGUCCUGUGCAGACAGUGAAUAACACACAAACUGGGGGAAUGAGUGCCCUGGAAAAAGUGGCCGCUAUGUCGGGAAGCUCGAGAAUUAAUCAGAUUCUCCGACGAGAGGGAUCGGGAAGCAAUUUGGGAGCUACUGGUGUCGUCCAAUCGCAAUCCGAUCUUCCCACAUCGAUCUCAGAUAGUGCCCUGCCGGGACAGGUUCACGAUCACAUCAUUGCU